ACCAAUUAUUCAAAGAUUGCAGAGAGUGAUAGUAGUUUUGAAGCCUGCUGGUCAAGUCACUCAAAUGUGUGAACCAUGGACUGAAAAGAAACAAUGACGAGCAGAAAAACAAUGAACAUCAGAGAUACAGAGCUCACUUCAUAUGGUCUGGAAAAGAAGGUCGAGGUGGAUGAACAUCAAAAACAACGAAGACGGGCUCUGCAAGCACGUCAUCGAGCCACCUUAGCUAGUCUCUUCGAUUCUUUAAAAACGGUCGUCUGUCCAGGCAGCAAGAAAACUCCUGCAAAGUGGAAGAUUCUGGAUCAUGCCAAAGGAUACCUCAAAGAGAAGGAGACUUGCCUCAGCUAUUUGCUCUCAUUGAAACGGUCUUACCUGGAGAGAGAGGAAGGGCCCAACUCUUUGGAGGAAGUGCAAGAGCAUUUCCGAAGGCUCUGCUCCAAUUGCGUCCUGGAGCCCUCCAGUAGGCGAGGCCGGUACCGGUGCUCAGUGUUGCCCAACGUGGAGGAGGAGGAGGAGGAGGAGGAGGAGGAGGAGGCCCUGGAGGAGAGUGGCAGUGAGAUCUCCCCUGACGACCCCACGGAUGAGACGCCCUUCUCCCAGUCCUCGAGCCUUUCCGCCUCCAACAUCCAGGAGUUUGAAGGGUACUUGUACUUCUACCGGCAGACGUUAGAGCUGCUGGUGCGCAGCGGGGUGCUGGCCCCGGAGCAGACGGGUCUGGCCGUGGUGUCGGAGGCCAUCUCGGGCCUGUGGAGCAACCUGCCGCCGGAGCGCCGCGCCGCCUUCCAGCAGUGCACCCUGGGAGCCAGCCCGUACGCCUGGAUGGGCUGCUGCUUCCUGAAGGAGGCCCCCGCCGAGGAGGACUGCUCCCAGGAGUCGUCCCAGUUCCCCAGCCAGGAGGAGGCAUCCCCGUCCUCCCUGCUGCAGGAGGACCUGCUCCAGGAUGCCUAUGAUGUGGUCAGGAAGGACAUGGACUCCAGCUCCCAGGCCAGCCCUGAGCCGCUGCCGUCAUCUGGAGGAGAUUUCGAGAGGCUGAGGGAGAUCUACAAGGACAUCAUGGGUUUUGUCAAGGGCCACAUGUCCACAGAGCUGGAGUUCACAGAGGAACUGUGCAUGACUGCAGAGUACCAGGAGCUUUUCCUCAAUUGCUCUGAGAGCUUUGGAGAACCGUUGUCGCCCCCGUUGCUGUGACCCCUCCAACCCUCUGCCUCAUUCCUGCUACUUAUCUGGUGGAUGUUGAUUUUUAAGAGCACUCGUUAAUUGUGUUGUCGAACCCAUCUAGAUGAUGUAGAAGUGCGGAUUGUUUACAGGCUUUGUUUUUUGUUUUUGUUUUUAAAAUAUGUUGCCAUGUUUUCAACUAAAUCUUAUAUUAUGAUGUUUUCCUCAGUUGAUGUGUUAGCAUACUUAUGGCAGCAUAUAUGUUUUUCUUAAU